AUCGAGUGUGGCCACAACUUCUUCCGGGGCUGCCUCUCGACUCACUGGAGCCAGAUCUCAGCCCAGGGGCACCUCUGCCCAGAGUGCCGGGCUCCCUGCUCCGGGGAUAGGAUGAUCCCAGACACACGUGUCAAAAACCGAGCGGAGAAAAUCACCAAGCCUCUGCAGGAAGAGACUGAGUCGCAGGGGCCGGGGGCUCAGCCAGAGCCAGGGCGCCCGGUGCAGCUGGUGCAUCUGGACGAGGAAGAGAACCUGAUCCUGGAUGAGGAGGCCCUGAGCCGCUGCCUGGAGCAGGGUGGGGUGGGGGACGCCCCCGUCUGCCUGGUGUCCAUCAUCGGGGAGCAGCGCCGGGGCAAAUCCUUCUUGAUGAACUACCUGCUGCGCCGGCUCCGGAGCCCGCAGGACGCGAGGGACGGGUCAUGGAUGGGCCGGGAGGAUGAACCCCUGGAGGGGUUUGAGUGGCGUGCGGGCGAGGAGCGAAUCACCAACGGGGUGUGGGUGUGGAGUCAGCCCUUCUGGGUCCCGGCCAAGGCGGGGAAGGUGGCCGUGCUGCUGGUGGACACAGAGGGCUCCAUGGACAUUGAGAGCAACAAGGAGACCAGCAUCAAACUCUCUGCCUUUUCCAUGCUGCUCAGCUCCUACCAGAUACUGAACACUGGCUGUCGGGUGACGGACCCGGAUCUCGAAUACCUGGAGGGGAGGGGUCGGAUUGGGAGGGUUUUAUCUGCCCUCGCUGCCCCGGGUUCUGUCAUUGGCAAAAACCUGGUUCACGCAGAGAUAUGGAGGCCUAGUCAGAGCUCAGGGAAAUGCUACGUGGCUGACAUUGUUCAAGGCGUGAGCAGAGCCGUGGUUUGA